AUGACUCUCUGGGGACAAGAUACGGUCAGGGAUGUCGCCGAGUCGGUGGGCAUCUUGAAUCUGAACAAAGAGGUCAACCAAGCACUCUGCCGCGACGUCGAAUACCGCAUUUCCCAAGUCCUACAAGAAGCCCUCAAAUUCAUGAAACAUGCCCGCCGCACGAUCCUCUGGUCGCAAGACAUCUCACAAGCACUGCGCGUGCUGGAUAUCGAACCUCUGUAUGGCUACGAGUCUACGCGGCCGUUGAAAUAUGGGGAGGCGUCACUGGGACCAGGACAGCCGCUGUUCUACGUCGAGGAUGAGGAGAUGGAUUUUGAGAAGCUCAUUAACGCGCCCCUCCCCAAGGUACCGAGGGAAGUCACAUUUACAGCUCACUGGCUGGCUGUGGAGGGUGUUCAGCCCUCGAUACCUCAAAACCCAACCUCGACUGAAGCGAGGAAUCUCGAACUGGUCCCCAAAGGACCCAACGCGAAUCCGGCCCUGGCUGCAAUGAGCGGCGCCGACAACACCACGACGAAACCCCAGGUCAAACAUAUUCUGUCUAAAGAACUACAACUGUACUUUGAGAAGGUGUGCGCGUCGGUGCUGGACGAGACGCAACCAGAGUAUCGCGCAGCAGGGUUGGCCAGCUUGAAAGAAGACCCCGGUCUACAUCAGCUCGUGCCUUAUUUCGUGCAAUUUGUGGCGGAAAAGGUCACGCACAACUUGAAGGAUCUCUUCGUGCUCACACAGAUGAUGAUGGUCACCGAUGCCUUGACCCGGAACGACAGACUCAAUCUGACCCCAUAUGUUGCCUCGAUGGUCCCUCCCGUACUGACCUGCUUGAUCGGACGCACCUUAGGCACCGGCAUCGGAGCACUCGAUCAUUACGACCUUCGCGACCUAGCCGGAGCUCUUCUAGGUCACCUCUGCAAUAAAUACUCCAAGUACUCACACAAUCUCAAGCCCCGACUCGCACGAUCGUGUCUGAAGACGUUCCUGGAUCCGAAGAAGCCAUACGGCAGCCACUACGGUGCUAUCCUUGGAUUAAAAGCCAUUGGCGGGGCGGAGGUGGUUCGGCAGCUGAUACUGCCUAAUGUCAAAGCGUACGGGGAGCUAUUGGAGGAGGACAUUCAAGAGUCGAGCAUCAAGAAGGGCGAGGCGGAAAAGGUCGUCAGUGCGAUCCUCAACGCCCUCGGGACAUUGGUGGACGAUGACAUCCCCAUGAUGAACGGACACUCGGCUGAAUCUGCUGCCAACACGCGGGUCCAGCUGGUUGACAAGCUGGGAGAAGUGAUUGGAGGGAGGAUCGCAGAUUCGGGAAACACACGGUUUGCAAGGGCCGUUCUCGAGGGGGAUCUUGCGGGAUUAUGA